AUGCCUUCACAGCAACAACUACUUAUAGAAAAGUUGAAAAUCGAAGAAGAGGCGGAAGCCAGGCUUAAAGAAGCAGUCCUACUUCAUGCGAACCAGGAUGAAAGACCUCUCACAAAACUUGCAGCUGAUUUGAACGUUGAUUAUGAUACAUUGUAUCGUAGAGUUCAUGGAUCUGAGUCUAGGAAGAUAAGUCAUAAUAAGCAGAGAAAUUUGACUUUCGAGGAAGAGCUCAUAUUGGAAAAUUGGAUAAAGAAUGAGUAUAUUCAUGGUAGGGCAGCGAGUAAAGUUCGGAUUGAACAACUCGCCGUCAUGAUGAUGCAAUCCAGAGAUUGUUAUAAGAAGUUAGGAACCAAAUGGUUUUACCGGUUCAGAAAAAGACACCCUGAUAUCCAUUUGAAGAGGCUCAAGUCUAUGCCUAAGGGUAGAAUGGAAGGUUCUAAGUAUGAGAAACUCGAAGCUUGGUUUGAAAAGUUCGAGAAUACCGUGAAAAGUCUCAACAUUUUGCCAGAAAAUAUAUACAACAUGGAUGAAACUGCUGUCCAGGUUUUGGAGCAGUCAAAUGACUAUAUGGCCAUAUCUAUUUCUGCUGGUUAUCGACAACAAGAGGGAUCAACUCGUUCUGAACUUUCCACGAGCAUCGAAACAAUUUCAGCAACGGGGAAAUUUUUGCAGCCUUUGUUUAUUAUGAAGGGUGAAAACUUCAUGACAACGUGGUUUGAUGUUAAGGGAAACAACAUUCCCGAAUUUUCUUGGGGAUUAACUGUGAACGGCUGGUCUUCGACCACGAAGGCAUGUUGGUGGCUUAAUAAUAUAUUUCUUGAACAAACUAAACCCGCUGAUCCAGACCAAUGGAGGUUGCUAGUACUUGAUGGCCAUGCAAGCCACACAUCAAAUGAUUUUGUCUGUUUGGCCAAGAAACACAAAGUGUAUCCUUUGUAUAUUCCUGCCCAUUCUUCCCACUUAACGCAGCCAUUAGACUUGGUUGUGUUUGCAAAGGUGAAGAAGUACUUUAAAAAAGAUGUGGUCGAGAAAAUAAGAACUUCGAGAAGACUCAGCUUGGAAAAGAAGGAAAUUAUUCUUUCAUACGACGACGCACGGAAAAGAUCGUUUACUGAGCACAGUAUCCUAAGUGCUUGGAGGAGGGCUGGCCUUGUUCCAUAUAAUCCGCUGAAAGUAUUGGAUAGACCGGAAGUCAUUAGAUCUCCGGAGCAAGAAGUUGACACUACAACGGAAGAUGUUAGUAUCCCAAUGGAAGAAGACCCUUUCAUCGAUCAAAUUGAACCCGCCUUUGUUGAUCCUAAACGUCCAGAUGCUUUCGAACUCAAUGCGGCAGCUUUUAGCAAUAGGAAAAGUGAUUUAUUUGGUUUGCAUUUGAUCAGAUGCUACCAGGCGGAAUGUAACAAGCUUCAAGCAGAACUAGUCGUUGCACAACGUGAAAUUGAAGCUCUAAAAGCAUGGAAGGAAAAAGCCGAAACUAAAACAAAGGGCAGAAGGGUUGCUGCUAGUCCUAACAGUAAGGCUCUCAAUAGUGAAACCAUGCGUAACAAGCUUCAUGAAGCAGGUGCAACCCCGAAUGGUAGUCCAAUUAGAAGAAAGAGAAGAAGAGCCAAUAAAACUCCAGAAGGAUCUCCAAGGAGGCCAUCUCAACGAUCCUUGAAUUCUGCCAAUUUAUCGCAUCCCUAG